AUGCCGGAAGCAGACCGCGUUUCUUGCUUGUAUAUGUUAACUGGGCUUGUCGGUGACAUGGAGACCGCACAGGCGGAUUCUUUGUUGGAAAAGGUUGUUCCUCUGCUUCGGAACACACGGAGCUCCCCAGACUUUUACGGCAACUAUGUCAAGGUCACCUAUGGCGCAUGCGCGCUGCUUGAUGCACUCGCCGGACGUGUUUCAAAGAAUCUUGUGGAUGCACUGCCCCAUCGGCUGUGUGAGACCUUGAAUGACCUUCGGGACGAACUCGGAGGUCGUACCUGUGUUUGCAAAGUCUUGCUUGCUGUAUUGCGCCGGCGACCUGACCUAGUGUCCAGAGAUCACUUGAAUCUGAUCCUUGACACCAUUAUCCACCCUUACAAUGAAGGGGUGCCCGAGGAGUUGUUGGACAGCGUGGCCACGUUGGUGCAAGAGAUGGGGGCAGAGGAGAUUGGAGCUUUCCGACAACGUCUCACAGACAUCAUCGUCAACGACGACCCGCCUCGCAGAAGAAUUGUCGAGGACGUCUUCGUCAUUGGGAAGUCAUACUGCGCGGCUCUGUUGAUCAAGCUUGGCUCCAGCCUCGACGAGCCGGCGGAGAUUGCCACAACUUUGCUCGACGGCUUAGAAAGUGAGCUUUGGGAUGGGAAUGCAGAAGGGGAAUCAGGCAUAAUGCUCGGUAUCUGCGCUCGAGGCUUCGCUGUGGAGAAGAAUGCUGCAAGGUCAUGCAAUCUGUUGUGUGCGCGAUUGCGUGACAUCCGGAGCGGAUCUGAGGAGAAUGACUUUGUCGAGGUGGCAAAGGCGUUAGCUCGGGCAGCAGCCGACCGGAUCAAUGGACGGAGCGCUCUUCCACAGAACCCGAAUGCCGCCGCUCAGAAUGCUGCAGCCAAGAUGUUUCUCGAUAGCCUGAUGCAGUUCACAAAGUACGUUGAAGAGGAAGGCGAAAGCGAAGGCGAAGGCGAAGGUGAAGGCGAAGGCGAGGGCAACGAGUCCGGAAACACGAUGCCAGUGCGAGCUGCCAGUGUGAAAGGACUGGGUCACUUUUUGGCGCUGGUUCCGCACGGCUCUCCAGAAGGUGAUGUUGCCCUCAAGUGCCUGCUCGAGGUGGCAGCAGAUCCCGCACAAGAUGUCUAUGUCCGCCUGAAUGCCGGUGUUGGGGCAGCGAAAGCCCUCGACGCCCUCUCGCCGGGACAGCGGGCCAUUCUACAUAAUCUGGGAGCUGAGUAUGUGCAACACGAGCAAUGGAUGUAUGCAGAACUCGCCGUCCAAAUCAUGUGCGGCCUCGCCCGUCAUGACGUCUCGCUCGCGCGCCGCGUUGUCGCUGGGUGUGUUGAGAUGAUCGGACACACUGUGCUGUUGCACGCUUCUCAAGGCCUCGAUUGCCUUGUUCGCGCAGCAAACCAACAAGACUUGAUUCAGCUGCUGGAAAUGCUCCGAGCGCAAGUGGCACAGCUCGGCGAGUGUCGGCUCGACUCCCUCUACGCACCAGGCGUGAUUGCACUGCUGCAUAUGCUGCUUGCGCGCGGACUCGCACGGCUUGCUCACGGCACGGAGUUUCCACCCCUCACUUCGUAUUUGCGCCUCGAUGGACUAUGGUAG